AUGAUCAGACAAUAAUCAAUAAUCUCAGGAGAAUAUCUAGUCUUUGAUACUAUUGAUCUAAUAAAAAAAGGUUAAUAUAGAUAAUGCAUAUAAAAAAUCAAUAGAUUGAUCUUUGAUCCUCAAUUAGCUAGAGGACAACCAUAAUUUUUAUAAUUACAAAUUUAGCUUUGCAGAAGAUUAUUAUAUUGUUGUAACAAAAUAUUAAAGAAGUAUAUAUUGAUUAUAAUGUUUUUAGAUAUUUCUAAAAGUUUUCAGAAAAAUCUCAUAAAGUUUAAUCCUUACUUAAUCGCACUAUUGAACUGAGUCUUUUUUAUAUUGAUUUCUUAGAAAUCUAUGUCAAAGAAAAUAAUUAAACAGAUGCUUCACCAAUUGCAUCUCCAUCACCAACUAUUAAAAAAAAAUAACUAUUUAAAGAACUAUAUGCAGAAUAAAUAAGUCUAGCACUUAAAAUGGAAAUGUUCUUUUCCCAAGACAUUGUUAGUAACUAUAUUCCAAAAUCACAUAUUUGGUUUAGUUCACAAUGUGAAAAUUGCUAUUUUUUAUUGAUGGAAACUCUUUGCAAUACUUAUCUCUUUCAUAAAUAUAAUAGAACUCCUUAUGCUACAAUAUUUCUUAAUUUAAUUGUUUAAAUCAUUAGUAAUACAACAAUCAAUAAUACAAAACAAUCAUUAUUUAAAGGACAAUUACAAACAUUAAUCGGAAAUGCUUAUUUCGAGUUAUGUAUAUUUUAUAUAUUUUUAUUAAGAUGAAUAUAAUAAGGCUGAUUAACAUUAUAUUUAAUCAAUUGAAUAUACAAUGGAAGCUGUUAAUACCAUCUUAGGAGAAAUUGAAAAAUUGAAAACCAAAAUUGAUCUUAAUAUGGUUAAAGAAUAAUUAACCAAAUUAAUCAGUUAGAUUUUAAUAAAUUUCUAAUUACAAUCUUUUGUUAAUUAACAAAUGGAAAAGUAGUAAAUGACUUUUAAUCUAGUUAUAAUCGUUGUUUGGAAAUAAUUUAAAUCGCUGUUUAUUUCAAUAAAAUUUUAGAACAUUUUAAAAUUUCAAAGGAAGUAUCUUUCCAAUUUGAAACAAGGAGUGCAGAAAUAAAAGAAAACUAUUAAGAUCAUGUUGAUGAAAUGAAUGAAAUUUGCAGAUUGCUUUCUCAUGUAUUACAAAUAUCCGUAAAAGAACAUCAAACUCAUAGUAAAUCUGCUAUUAAUCUAUAAUAAUUAAGUUAAAUUUAAUAAUAUGAACAUAAACUAUUUGAAAAGUAUUAAUAUGCAAAGAAUAAUUAAACUUUUUUAAUCAAAUGUAAAGAAGUUCCAUAAUAAUUUAACUUAGAUAAUGAAUUACAAUAACAAUAAUAAUAAUCUUAAUAUUUUGUAAAAAAUUAAUCAAUUAAAAUUUUUAAACUUAAACAUAAUUAUUCUCAACAUUCAAUAGAUUAACCUUCAACAAAUUAUAAUGAUAGUCAAUUAUAAUUAUCAAAUAACAAAAAUGAUUAAAGUCAUCUAACUUAAAUUGAUACAUCACAUGCUUCAUCUACUAAAACAUAAUUUAUUAAAACUUUAAAAGUGAAUUCUAAUCAUCGAUAAAGUUUUUUAAGUGAAUUAAUUAAUUUAAGAAAUCAAGGAUCUAGAUCAGAUGAAAAAGAUAAACAAUACAUUGAAAAUGAUAUUGAGAAAAAUUGUAGAUUACAGAAGGAACUACUAUUUAAAAUUAGCAAUAAAAGUUUUUAUUUAAAAAAUAUAUUUAGAUGUUUAUUAACCAUUGGAUAAAGUUGUUCAAUCUUAUAUCAAUUAAAAUCUUGUGAGCUAUUAAAAAUGUUAAUCUUUAGAUGAAGUAAAAUAGAAUGCCAAAUAAAUAUGUUAAGCAGAAGCUGAAGUUCAUAAAGAAGUACCUAUUACUAAAAGCUUAUUGUAAGCUAGGAAAAUUACUUGUCCUUAAGGUGUUGUAAUUAAAGAUAAAUAAGCUGAAAAUGAAUUCAAUAAAUUACUUGAAUUUAAUGUUAUUGAAUAUUUUGAUUUUGUUUAAACCAAUAAAGAUUUGGCAGUUACAAAUUUAAAAGCUUAAUAAGAAAAUAAAUAAGUUAGAAUUGCUUAAUAGAAAUUGUUUUCUGAUAAUUUUAUUCCAAAGAAAAAAUUAAAUUUUAUAGAUUAGGAAGAAAUUAAAUAAAUUGAAUAGGCACAAUAAAUUGCUGAAUAAGCAGAAAAUCUUUUAAAAAAAACUUAAGAUAAAAGAAAAUCUGCUUAGAAAUAAUCUAGAAUAUCACUUUUAAAUUUUAUGUAAGAGAAAACACAUAAAUCAGUUAAGUAAGAUACUGUAAUACCAAUGUCUUAUGAAUAAUCUUUAGAUUAAGCUCGAAAUUCAAUUAAGAAAGUUUUGUCUUUAAAUGAAAAGUAAAAAUAAGCAUUCGAAAUAGAAGAUUAAGAAUUAAGAGAAGUAAGAUCAAGUAUUAUUAUUAGACUGAAUUACCUUAUAAAUUCAAGAGAUCUUUAUCUGGAAAUUAUAAAAAGAAAUAAGAAUCUAAGAGUAUUUUAUUCAAGAAAGAGUUUGGCCAUUUAUGUUCAUCAACAAAAAAUAUUAGAGAGAAAGAUUUUAUACAAUAAAACAAUAUGGAAACAACAAAAAUAAGAGGAAUCUCUUUGGAUAAAAUUAAAUAAUGA